AUGUUCAAUUUGGUGUGUAUUGCUAGAGAGUUUUUUUUUUUCCCUUGGGAGAGUGCAUGUGAUCAGCACAGGGCCAAUCAGCACUGCCAAGACAGAGGUCAGAGGUUCUGCAUUCUCCUAUAGCAAGGAGAAAACUCUUCCUACAAGCUUUAACCAGUGCUCUGCUGAACACUGAUAGAAGUCACAAGACUGCUCUAACUGCUGAUGAGAAAAGGCAUUUAGCAGUUUAUAUUUACUAAAAUAAUUUCAUUUUCAUGUUCUAUGUACUGUGGGAGACAAGAUAUAGUGAAUGCAGGGUCCUGGG